AUGGCUUCAAUUGAACAAGAUGAUAUUUUCAACGUAGAAGAUGAUGAAAUGGAAGAAGAGUAUCAGAAUGAAGAAGAAGAACAAGGUCAAGAUUAUAGCAUGCAAGAUGAUGAAGAUGAAGAAGAUCAACAAAUGAAUGAACAAGAUCAAGAUCAAAUAGAUGAGGAUGAUGACGAAGAACAAGAAGAAGGAGAUGGAGAAGGAGAAGAUGAUGAAGAGGAUGGAGAAGGUGAUGGUGAAGACGAGGAAGAAGACGAUGAGGAUGAAAAUGAAGAAGAAGGUGAAGAAAUGGAAGAAGAUGAAGAUGAAGAAAUGGAGGGUACAAAUGACGUGUCAAUUGAUGAUAAGGAUACUUCAAAUGAUGGGGAAGAAAAUGAAUCAAAAGAUAACGAAAAAGAAAAUGAAAAUCAAGAGAAACCCAAACCUGAAACAGCUAAGAUAAUACAAGAAGAACAAGGUGAUAAUAAAGAUACCAAAACUGAAGAAAAUGGUGAAGAUGACAAAGAACAACAAAGUAAUAAUAAGGAAAAUGGUGGUAUACUACCGAAAGAUCAAAAUGAAUCAACAACAACAACAACAACUACUACUACUACUACAACUACAACAACAACCGAACCUAACAACACCAGACAAAAAAAAUCAAAUGAAGAAUUACUAGAAGAAAUAAGAAAAGCCGAAACCGACGUAUCAUUUCGAGAUCAAGUAAUAGCAAAAGCUCGUAAAGCAACAGAAUACGAUAUAAUUCCACAAGUUGCAAUUCCAUAUACUUCACAAUGUCAUGCAUUAGCUUUUACUCAAGGACCAAAAUGGAUAUUAACUGGUGGAGAAGAUGGGUUUAUUAGAAAAUAUGAUUUUAUUUCAUCAAUUCAAGGUAAAUCACCAUUAACUAUGGCUCAAAAACAUAAUCUUUCUGAUUCAUUAACUAAUGCUGGUGUUAUUGUAUCAUAUUGGGAAAAUGAACAACCUUAUACUAGAAAAGAAUUAAUGAAAUUAAAUCCAAAAUUAAAAGAUUCUGAUUUUUCAACAGGUAGUGUAUCUUAUGAACCAAGAGUUAAUCCUAUUUAUGCAUUGGAAGCAGAACGUAAUGGGUAUUGGUGUUUAUCUGGAUUAUUAAAUGGUGGUAUAUCAUUAUAUACAAUGAGGUAUAAUGAAGGUACAAUACAUCAUUAUUUUAAUCAUGGAUCAAUUAAGGAAAAUAAAAAGGGCCAUACAGAUGCAAUAAGUGCAUUAAAAUUAAAUCAAGAACAAGAUAAAUUCUUAAGUGGAUCUUGGGAUAAAACUAUAAAACAAUGGGAUUUAAAUAUUGGAGAAAUUAUAACUGAAUUUCAACCUUGUUCUGGUCAAAUUUCUCAAUUACAAUUUAGACCAAAUGGAUUAGAUGAUAUUACUUUUGAUAUUGAUAAUUCAGAAGAAAAUGGAACAACACCAAAAGAAGAUGAAGAUGUAGAUUCAUUAUUUGGAGAUAGUGAUGAAGAAAAAAAUGGAGAACAUACAGAAAAUCAAAAACGUAAAAUCAAAGAAUCACAACCAACUACAACCACAACACUAAAGGAAUCAACAACGAAAACUCAUCACAAUUCUCAAAUAUUCAUGAGUUCAAGUAUAGAUGGUACAAUAAACAUAUGGGAUAUCAGAUUACAAAAACCAGUGAUAAAACUAGGGAUUUCUGAAGGUAUACCACCAUGGUGUAUGUCAUCAACUUGGUCCAACAAUGGGGAAUUUAUCUACGCUGGACGUAGGAAUUCCACAAUUGAAGAAAUCUCAAUAAAAAUGCCUCAUAAAACCCAUUCACCUGGUAGUUCAUCAACUUAUGUCCCAAAUGUAUCUAAAUUAUUAACAUUUCCAAAAAUAAGUGGUCCAGUAAGUUGUAUAAGUACAUUACCAAAUGAUGAUUUUUUACUUUGUGGAUCAAAUGAUAAUAUAAGAUUAUAUAAUUUAAAAUUAUAUAAUGAUUUAAAUAAUUCAACAGUUAAUUUAAAAAAACAAGCAACUCCAUUUUUAAUAGUACCUGGACAUCAUGGUGGAAUGUUGAGUCAAUUAUAUGUUGAUGAUACUGGGAGAUUUAUGGUUAGUGCUUGUGGUUAUAGAGGUUGGGGUCAUGGAAAUUUUACUGAUACUGUAUUAAUUUAUGAAAUUGAUUUUGAAUAA